AUGGCCCAUCACAUAUCCCACACUCAGACUCGGUCGACUGACGAUGUUUCCGAAAAGACUGUCACCGAAACUCCUGUAGGGGAAGCCAAAACAAAAAAGAACGACAGAUUAUCCCCAGGCAUUGAGGAAGCUUUUCCUGAUGGCGGGUUGAGAGCUUGGUUGGUUAUCUCAGGGACCAUGUGCAGCACGUUCUCAACAUUUGGAUUCAUAAAUACAUGGGGGGUUUUUCAAGCAUAUUACGAAGAAACCUUGUUGAAUGACUCUGAUCCUUCUACCAUUGCAUGGAUUGGCUCCGUUCAGUACGCGCUCGUGUUCAUGCCGGGUCUCAUUACAGGUCGAAUGUUCGAUAUCGGACACUUCAAGGUGCCGUUCAUGCUAGCGAGCAUCCUGCUUGUCGUAGCAACGUUUCUCCUAGCCGAGUGCUCGCAGUACUGGCAUUUCCUGCUCUGCCAGGGCUUCGCUGUCGGGAUGGCUUGUGGGACAUUAUUUGGUCCAAGUAUUGGUAUCGUAGGGCAUUGGUUCCGGCAUCGACGAGGGAUUGCUAUGGGUGUAAUGGCCAGUGGCGCGUCGAUUGGGGGGACCGUGUUCCCGAUAGCUGCUCGCAGGCUCAUCAAAUCCGUAGGAUUCCCGUGGACUAUGCGAAUCAUCGGUUUCAUCCUCGUAGUAGGUUUGGGUAUCGCCAACUUGACAAUGAAACGCAGGCUUCCGCCUGUGAAUUCGCCCGGAGGAAUUCUUAAUCUGAGAGCGUUCAAAAGUGCACCAUAUACGAUUUGGUGUCUGUCAACUUUCUUUGCCUUUCUAGGACUCUAUACAGUUUUGACUUAUAUCAGCAUCAGCGCCGCCUCAUACGGUGUCUCCCCAGACGUCGCAUUUUAUCUCGUUGCUAUCGCUAAUGCCAGCUCGGGUAUCGGACGAAUAGUAUCGGGGAUGUGUAUUGAUCGACUAGGUGCCCUGAACUAUUUCGGGCCCAUGACGAUCAUUGCGGGUGCUGUCACCUAUGCAUGGCCAUUCGCACGGAAUUUAACUUCUAUGAUUGCCGUCGCAGUGAUUUAUGGGUUCUCCAGCGGAGCAUAUAUCUCGUCGUUCCUCAUCCCGAUGAUUAAUCUAGGCGAGAUAAGCGAUGUAGGGCGACGUACAGGUAUGGCGUUCUCGAUAGCGGCAUUUGGAGCCGUUGCGGGUCCGCCGAUUUCUGGGGCUAUCAAUACGACAACGGGGGGCUUUGAAGCCAUGGGGUACUACGCAGGCAGCGCUGUCAUGCUCGCUGUGAUACUGAUGUACGUCGUCCGGUAUCUGGUUAUUGGAACGUUGAGAGGAAGGUUUUGA